AUGGUCGAAGAGAAGGCCCCGCCCCAGAAGUACUCGCGGUACCGCUCCGUGCGCCAGGCUGUCAAGCCAGAACCAGAGCCCCAGCCAGUGCUGUCGGCCUCGAAUCCCAACAAUGACGGCUCACAUAUGAACAGUCUGGCCCGGUACCGACGGGCCACCGUGCCUGCGAAUGCGGACCAGAUCGCUGGCCUGCCGACUCCGCCGGUGCCAUCUCUGCCGGCUCUGCCCAGAGCCCAGCAGACGGCGAAGCUGUCCGAGACCAGGAACCUGGAGCGGAGGGUGACGGAGCCGGUGCGGAAUACCCAGGCCGAGGAACUCUUCAGUAACGGGGGCAGAUCCGGGCUCCAGCGUCGAGAGACGGAAGAUGAGCGACGAAAGCGAAAGUUCCGGGAGAGGGAGGAUCAGAACCGCAGGGUCGAGCGGGAAAAGGAGGAGCAGAGACGCUUGCGACAGCAGCAGAAAGAUGACGAGGGGCGGCUGUACCGCGAAGAGGAAGAGGCCGCUGAGCGCGUGCUGGCAGAGCAGAAACGUAAGGAUUUGGAGAGACUGGAGGCCGAGUUAGAUGCUGCUUCCCCAGUGACGAGGCCAUUAACCAGCCCGAUGAGAGAGAAGCUUCCGUUCUUCUCGAGGAAACGAGACGCACCGAGGCCGAGGGCUCCUACGACGUCGUCGAGUGGAUCUGGAUCGAAUUCCAUGUCGAAAACUCGAAGCAACGGCGAUGGUCCGCCACGGCCUGUAGAGGCCACUAGGAGUACGGAAAUGCUCAGGGGCAUAGAGCAAGGCGGAGGGGGAAUCGUGCCGCAAACCGAUGCGCCCAUCUCAGCCUCCAAUGCAGGAGAGCGUUGGGUUAACGUCCGAUGCAAGCAAUCCUCCAUCGCCCUUCCGGUCACCCCCGAAACAACCCCAGUCGAACUCAUAUACGCAUCCGCCAAUGUCAUGUCUCACCACAUCAUACCUUCGAACACUAUACUCCUCGAAGCGUACACACAGCUCGGGCUGGAGCGUCGGCUACGCCGGUAUGAACACAUUCGAGACGUCAUGAACUCGUGGGAUCGGGAUACCCAAAAUGCACUGUUGCUGACCAGGUCGGACUCUCCCAAAUUCGAUACCGACCUGGAAGCCUCUUCGGUGCCCCAAGAGGCCCCGGGCGAUCUCACAUUCCCCUUGUACCAUUCCCAGGGGCGUGGGAAGUGGAACAGGCGACUCGUAUACAUACUUUCAUCUGGCCAAAUGUUCACAUCCAAAAAGGAGGCCGCGAAGAUUUCCGACAAAGAUUCGUUGACCAUAUGUCAUUUGUCCGAUUUCGAUAUAUACACCCCAACCCCGCAGAAGAUACGCAAGGAACUCAAGCCCCCGAAGAGGUAUUGCUACGCAGUCAAAAGUCAACAGAAAUUGACCCUGUUUCUGAGCAACGAGAAUUUCGUACACUUCUUCUGCUCGGACGACCAGGCGAUAGCCGAGAGUUUCUACGACGCUGUCCAGCGCUGGCGCAGCUGGUACCUCGUCAACAAAACGGGCGAAGGCCAAAACCCUUCCACCCUCGGCUCUUCUGCACCCCUCGUCAACACGGAUCGUUUCGCAGCUAGAUCUCCGAGGUCCAACGAGGGCGAAUGCGAUUCGGAAGAGGAGAACAAGCCCCGCCAGAUCCCGUUCUUUCUGCGCAACAGCAUCUCCUUAUCCCCUAUGCCCAACGAGACCCGAAGGCACCCACCGCCGCCACUCGCGUACAAACUUUCACCCGAGGCCGAGGACGAGUUCGCAUACUCGGGUCUGCUGGGAAGGUCGUACUCUCAACGCGUGAAACAACAGAAAGAAAAAGAGUUGGCCGCUCAGAAUUCAGGCCCCUUUAUCGAAGGCUCGCUCCUCCAAGGCCCCAGCACACUUCUCCAGCGCACGAACUCGAUCAAGUCCAUCAAAGCCAGCGGUCGCCGUCCGAACACCGCUGGAGCUGCUAACGGGGCCGGAGGCGAUGGCCAGCGCGCAGCGGGCACCAAAGCAGCAGGUCCACCGAAACCGCUACUGGACUUCAAGGCUACGUUCAAAGAGGCACCGCAGUGGGACAAGGCAAAUAGGGGGCAUGGCGUAGCUCCCGUCCAAGGGGUGCCGUUGGUGGAGAUUGCGACGACGCCGGAGGUGUUGCCGGGGGCCAUCCUCAUCCCGGGGAACACGACGGUGUUUCGGAGGGAUGGCAGACCAGCCACGAGUUCUGGGGCUGGGGCUGGGCCUGGAGGUGGAGGGCCGUUUGUCAAGGGGGGGCUGAUUAGCGGGCGGUAG